UGUCACCGAGCUUAUCUGUCAAAAUAACCGAGAUAUCGGUUUGAUACGUUUCAACCAUCUUGGUAGCCGUGACUCGGUUUUCGGUCUGUCAUUCGCCAUUGUGUUUACAGCGUGCUAGUGAAACGAAACAAUUUUGGAGUGGUUUUGUGAUUUGAAGUGCGAUAAAAGCGAAAAUGGAUGAGAUUCUGAACAUUCUGCAGGAAGAAGAUGUAAGAAUAUACGAAGUGUUCCUAAAAGAAGAAAUAACGGACUUGGACACCUUCUUAUCCCUGGACAACAAUGAUUUCACUAGACUACAGUUAACGACAAAAAUGAUAAAAAUAAUUCAAAAAUAUCAAAAACAGUAUGGAGUUACAAUUGACAUUACAACGACUCCCAAUGAAUUUAUGGAAGAAACGCAGAGAAAUGAAGUACCAACCAGAAGCUUGAGUUCAACUUUCAAGAUGCACAAUUUUGACAAGGAAAUUGACGUUAGCCUACUCCUUCUGAAAAGUGAUGAAGGUAAACAAAUCCAUGAAACAUUGACAGAAGGAAUUAAACCCGACGAGGUCACCAACAAAAAAAUAAAUCGAAUAAUUUGCGAUUGGCUAGCGGACAAUUACGGCGUGCGUCCACAAACGGAAAAAAAAGUAAUGCUUGCAAAAUCAUUAAUUAAAACUUAUCCCAUUCUGGCCUCGAACGUUUCAGAUGUACCCUAUGCAGCGUGGUUUCAUAAAGGUGGACGAGGAGCAGGACGGCAUGCUGGUUCUAUUCAUUAUAGAAUGGAAACCCUUGCAAAAAGAUCCUGUAGUCGAGUGUUCUACCGAUCAAGACACGAUGAAGCGACUCCAUCUUCUUCAAAAAUAAUAACGAACGACGAAUGUGGAGAAAAUAUUGAUGAUUUGGUGUACGAGUUAGAAACUAUUGUUCCCUUGGAAAAUUCAAUGGAAAACAUAAAAUAUUUAUGGAAACAAACACUGGCUUACCGGCACGAAAAGCGUGCCAGAGGGAUUUUUUCCCAAUUUAUGACCGACUGUUCUGCGGCUUCAGCCUUCGGAGGAGAAUUGAUAUCUUUAGAAUUCGAAUUGAUGAAUCCUACUGCUGCUAAAUUCGAAGACAUGUGGAAUGUAAUCCAACAGAAAAUAUUGGAAAAAUUUCGAAUAGAUUACAGGUACAUAAAAAAUGACCUGAUUCAGUCACUAUGUCUGGUACGAGAAAAAAAUACUAUAAGAGGAGCCAAGCGAACCCGCGAAGAAGACUAUAAAGAGAAUGAUGCGCGUACAUUAAAUCCACUUCACGGAAUAAUCGAUUGGAUUGAUUUCGAGACUUCAUUUCCGACACCUGAUGUCCCGCGCAUUAUAAUUGUUGCCAAAAUGUUUGAACUCGGCGAAUGCUACGUGGUGUGGAAAAACAGUACGAUUCAUGUAGGAAACAAUUUGAUUCGUGCAUUCAUCGUUCUUUGUCAAGCCUUUACAGUUUUCAAUGUAAAAUGCUAUGCGGCUGACAAACUUUUCUUUUCAUUUUUCAUGCUUCAUGCUUCAAACUUGGAGCACUCAGUACAACUAGUAAUAAGUUUUUAA